AUGCUGGAGCCCCUUGACAAGCUCGACUACAACAUUUCGGAGGCCCAAUACGCAGAUUUCCAGGUCAACGAUCCCUUUGCGAAGGCUUUCAACGCCCAAGCAGACGUUAUUCAUCAGCACAUCAAGGCGGUUCUGAACUCCUCGUCCGCGGAGGAAAUCAUGCAGCAAAUGGCUGAGCAGACAUGUCGCAGGAUCGAGAAGGCUGCCCUUUCGAAGCACUUCAGCUUGUUCGGCGCUUUGCAGUUUGAAAGUGAUGUCAGAGCGAUCUGUUCUUUCUUUACAAGUGUCAGCGAGCAGGCUUUGAGGCACAAGUUCGCGAGGCUUUUCGAAAUGUCCAGCUUGCUGAACUUGGAGAGCUUGGACGAGCUUCGUGAGCUGUGCAGUGAGUUAAGGACCUGGCGGCUUACACCCGACGAGAUGCAGAAACUGCUGCAAUCACGGUCCGACUUCGAAGCCACGGAGGAUCAGAUCAACUACCUGCUGCCGAAGUGA